CUUCCGUAGUAAUCAUCGACCGUUCUGAAGAACCACAUUAUGCCUGGAUAUCUUCUGGUCUAGAUGAUGUCCGGCAGAUACACAGACAUGGUAUCUGGAACGACUGUGAUUGCAAGCACUGGUGUGAGAACUUGAAUAGCGAAAUAGCGGACUUUUGGUCGACGCAGACUCUUUCUGUACUCCAAUCAGAUUGUGAGAUGAAGCCUACCCUGCAUGCAGGGCAGGCCCAAGUUCUUAUCGCCAAGCCUCGUCGGAGUCACGGUCAAUACCCGAUAAUUACUUUCAUCAAAUCAAUUUCCCCACUCAGACUCAGUUACUACAAAUGUCAUGCCAAAGGACAGUUUAAUGUACGUGGAACCCAUACUGGCAGGCAUGGUUCCAGACGUCCAUGGCGGCGGGCAAAUGUGGGCUCCUCAAUUGAUAGGAUGCAUGAUAGCGUCAAGCUUAUAUGGGGUCGCGUUGGGUCAAUCCUGGUUUUAUUGGCGUGCUUUCCCUCGUGAUGCCAUGUAUAUCAAGUACCUGGUCAUAACUAUCUUGGUCCUGGAUACUGUACACACCUAUACCACGGUCUCCAUAGCUAGCAUAUAUCUCAUCAACGGCAGGCGCGAUAAUUUUCCAGCGCCCUAUAUACCCUGGCAACUCAAUUUGGCUGGAUUUCUCGUCUACUUCACUACAUUCACAGUGCAGAGUUUCUAUGCACUCAGAGUUUGGAUAAUUAGCGCCAGAAACAGGCCACUCACAGCUGCCAUAUUGUUAACGUCCAGCACCUGCCUCGUUCUGGGACUCUUGUGCGUUGCACUCGGAGCAACCAGUGGUGUAAAUGUGCUUUACAGCACUCCGCUUUAUGCUUGUGCUGCAUUGGUAAGGUUUGUCUGUGAUAUACUCAUCACAGGCUCUGUGGUCUUUUAUUUACGCGAAGGACGAACGGGAAUAAAACGAACGGAGACGCUCACCCAGCACAUCAUCGUCGUAUCUGUCAACAUGGGACUGAUCACUUGCUUCUUGUCACUCUCUAUUUUUAUCCUGUACAUCGUGCAACACGGACAGUAUUACAUCAGCGCCCCCACUGCGAUGCUGACGAAAUGUUACACGAACUCCCUCCUAACAGUAUUAAAUGCAAGGAAAUCCGUUCGUCAUCAAGAUCAAGUCUUACACCUACCCACCUUAUCCUUAUCGACAUAACCGUGGAUAAUAUUUAUCAGUUCUACGCGAGAUCGGCAUGGCGUAUGGAUGGCAGUUACAAUUUGCACUUUCUAUACAACACUCCAUUUAUUACGGCGAUACUGGUAUUUGCGGACAAUCAUAACCUUCGGUGCUAAGUAACUUAUCUUAAUACCUAGUAUAUUAAUUCUCGUCCUUGUACUUGUUCUAGAAUGACAUCUCUAUCUCCACG